AUGGCUAACGAGGGGGGAGCAAGCUCCCAAGCUUUUGAUCUUAAACUUUUCACAGAAGCAAUCAAAGGCGAAUUGGGACGCAUGAUGGACCAAAAACUUGAACUGAUGCACCAACGCAUUGACAGCUUAGAGUUGUCUCAUGGAAGCUCCAAAGGCAACCGUGGAAAGGCUUAUGCACAUGAGUCUAGCGACUCUAACUCAGACAACAACUAUGAGCAUAAGCAAAGUAGGUCUAAGCGUGACGCUAGGCCUUCAAAUGACCACAUUCCGGGCAUAAAGAUGAAAAUUCCACCCUUCCAAGGACGAUCAGACCCCGAUGCCUACUUAGAGUGGGAGAAGCGGAUUGAACUUGUCUUCGAUUGCACUACUUACUCGGAGGAGCAAAAGGUCAAGUUGGCCGUGGUCGAAUUCACCGACUACGCCGUUGUGUGGUGGGAUCAACUCUCCACUAGUCGAAGGAGGAGUCGUGAACCUACCAUACAAACUUGGACGGAGCUAAGACGACUAAUGAGGAAGCGUUUCGUGCCAAGUCACUACUACCGUGACUUGUAUCAAAAGCUUCAAACCCUCAACCAAGGAGCACGAAGUGUCGAGGACUAUCACAAGGAAAUGGAAAUACUCAUGCUACGGGCAGACAUCAUGGAGGAUCGAGAAGCAACAAUGGCACGCUUCUUGAACGGAUUAAGGCCCAAAAUCGCUGAUCAAGUGGAGUUACACCACUAUGUGGAACUUGGGGAUCUGGUGGAAAAGGCCAUCAAGAUUGAAAGGAGGAUUAAGAGGAGGGGUUCGACUCGGAGUUACUCCAACUUUUCACCCUCUUAUCUCCGAACUACACCACCAAAGAAAGAGGAUAAAGGGCCGAGUAAUUCCAUCCCUUCAAGACCGAGGCCGGAUAUGACUAAGUGGGAGUCUAAGGCAACACCAAAGACUGCCAUUGAGUCGAGCAUGGGGCGAAAUCGAGAUACUAGAUGCUUCAAAUGCCAAGGCCGAGGGCAUAUUGCUAGCCAAUGCCCGAACCAACGCGCUAUGAUCAUCUUACCCAAUGGUGAGUUUCUCACCGAUGAUGAAGAUGAGAAGGAGGAGUUGCCAUCCCUUGAGGAAGAAGAGGAAGCAUUGCCCGUCAAUGAACGAGUUGGACUCGUUGUCAGACGAGCCUUAGCAACCCAAGUGAAAGCCGCCGACCGUGCCUUGAUGGUGGAGAAACUAACACUACCCACUCUACGACAUCCAACACCUUAUCGUUUGCAAUGGUUGAACGAUAGUGGGGAUGUUCGUGUGACCAAGCAAGUCCAAGUACCUUUCCGAAUUGGAAAGUAUGAGGACGUGGUGUUAUGCGACGUGGUCCCUAUGCAAGCAUGUCACAUACUAUUGGGGAGGCCAUGGCAAUUCGACAAGGGAGUUACAUUCGAUGGCAUUACCAAUAAAUACUCCUUCAAGCAAGGCGAGAAGAGGAUUGUGCUUGUGCCACUCACUCCUAUCCAAGUUCAUGAAGAUCAAAAAAGCCUGAUCAAGGAGAAUGAGCUUGAGAAUGAGAAGAAAAAAAUAGAAAAAGCCGAGAGCUCAACAGAAAAUGAUAAGGCCGAGAAAAUUGAGAGGACUGACUGUAGGGCCGUUAAUGCAAUAACGGUAAAAUAUCGUCACCCUAUUCCUAGACUUGAUGAUAUGUUAGAUGAGCUAUAUGGUGCUGUGAUUUUCACUAAAAUUGAUCUAAAAAGCGGUUAUCAUCAAAUUAGGAUGAAAGAGGGGGAUGAAUGGAAAACGGCCUUUAAAACCAAACAUGGCUUGUACGAGUGGUUAGUUAUGCCAUUUGGACUAACUAAUGCACCUAGUACGUUCAUGAGGUUGAUGAACCACGUACUUCGUCCAUUCCUUGGAAAAUUUGUAGUUGUAUAUUUUGACGAUAUCCUGAUUUAUAGUAGGAGCUUAGAUGAGCAUGUUGAACAUGUGAAGCUUGUUCUUGAUGCACUUCGAAGGGAAAAGCUCUAUGCUAACCUUAAGAAGUGCUCCUUUUGUACUGAUCAACUUGUCUUCCUAGGCUUUGUUGUGAGUAAACAGGGAAUCAAAGUGGACGAGGAGAAGGUUAAAGCAAUUCGAGAAUGGCCUACUCCAAGCACGGUGGGUGAGAAAAAUGAGCCAUUUGUGUGGAGAGAUGCUCAAGUACGUGCUUUCCAAAUGCUUAAACAUCAACUCACACAUGCACCACUACUUGCAUUACCAUGCUUUGACAAGAUGUUUGAAAUAGAGUGUGAUGCAUCUGGGGUGGGUAUUGGAGCUGUCCUAAUGCAAGAGGGCAAACCAAUUGCAUACUUUAGUGAAAAACUCAAUGGGGCAGCUUUGAACUAUUCCACUUAUGAUAAGGAGUUGUACUCCUUAAUCCGUGCUUUAGAAACUUGGCAACAUUACUUGAGACCAAGGGAAUUUGUCAUACACACUGACCAUGAGUCGCUUAAGCACAUUAAGUCACAACACAAGUUGAAUAAGCGUCAUGUUAAGUGGAUUGCAUUUAUUGAAACCUUCCCUUAUGUGAUUAAGUACAAAGUGGGGAAAACUAAUGUUGUUGCUGAUGCAUUAUCACGUCGGGAAGCACACAGAGGUGGCUUGAUGGGGCAUAGUUCUACUCAUUUUUCACCAUUUGAAAUAUGCUAUGGUUUUAACCCUUUAACACCUCUAGACUUAUCACCUUUACCUUCUUCUGAGCACAUUAACAUGGAUGGUGCUAAACGAGCAGAUUUUGUCAAGAAAUUACAUGAACAGGUACGCCUAAACAUUGAGCGAAGGAUGGACCAAGUUGCUCAACGGGUUAACAAGGGACGCCAACGCGUUGUGUUUGAACCUGGUGACUGGGUGUGGUUACAUCUACGCAAGGAAAGGUUCCCAGUCCAAAGGCGCAAUAAAUUACUUCCCCGAGGAGAUGGGCCGUUCCAAGUCAUCAAGCGCAUCAAUGACAAUGCUUACAAACUGGACCUACCCGACGAUGAAGCUGAUUUGAGGACAAAUCCU